GCAUGCGCAUCAGUAACUUCCGCGAAGCAACGCAUGUUUGUUUUCCUUUCAGUAUCGUUUACUGCUAAACUAACGUUUCUGGACUCAUUACUGACAGGAAGAGGUGUGACAGAACAUAUUACAAUUUAUUAUCCAAACGUCAUGUCGGUGGUGGUUCAGAGCAGCCUAGGCUGGGUUUUGGACUCACGGUCGCUUAUUGAUCGUGGCUAUCAGCGGUGCAUCCGGUGGGCAGAUAAAGCACAUGUGAAGUGUAGUUUUAAUAGGCGGUGUUUUCAAAUUAUAAAAAGCCAUUUUAACCUGAGUGAUGGUGCUGCUGUGGAAGGAGAACACGCUGAUCUGCUGCAGAAUAAACCAUCAAAGAAACGUAAGCGAAAGCACAGCGAACUCAACCAAGGGGAAGUUGACUCAAAGAUCUUCCACGAGAAGAUCAAGUCUGUUAUUCUGGAGGGAACCAAGCUCUUGGUGGAUUCUGCAAGGUCCCAUGGAUACCUCUCUGGAGAGACGGACUCUGUGAAAGAGCCUGUUCCUUCCCAGGAAUGCCGCUUCGCAGCUCUUUGUGAGAUGGCUAAAGAGCUUCCUCUGGUGGAGGAUGAGGAGCAGCAGGAGCGCACUCAGUUACUCGUCACUGAAGAUGGCUGUACUUCACAUGUCGACCUGUUCUCUCAGACGACGGAGAACAGGGAGGACCGGGCAGCUGUGGUUACACUGAUGGGAGAGGAAUAUAUCAUACCUCCUAACUCAGCUUUCCUGCUCUCUGAUUUCACAAGAAUGCAACCACUUGUUCACGGGGGAAGGAGGUUUGACCUCAUUGUGAUUGAUCCACCGUGGGAAAACAAAUCCUUGAAAAGGAGCCGUAGCUUUUUACCAUCAACACAACUGAAGCGCCUCCCAGUCCCCCAGCUCUCGUCUUCAGGAUGUUUAGUGGUCACCUGGGUGACAAACCGGCCCAGCCACCUGCGUUUUGUUUGUGAGGAACUGUAUCCACACUGGGGUGUACAAGUUGUGGCCAAAUGGUUUUGGGUCAAGGUCACAACGUCCGGGCAGUUUGUGUUUCCCCUCGAUUCACAGCACAAGAAGCCGUAUGAAACACUGGUGCUGGGUCGAUGCUCUACCUCCACAAGCUCCUCAAAAAUGCCAGAGAUUGAAGAUAAGCGCCUGAUUGUCAGCGUCCCCUCCGCUCUUCACUCCCAGAAGCCACCACUGACAGAGGUGCUGAAGCCUUACGUCGGAGCUGAGGCGAAAUGUUUGGAACUUUUUGCACGGAGUCUUCAGCCCGGAUGGACAAGUUGGGGCAAUGAGGUGCUAAAAUUUCAGCACAUAAGCUACUUCGAUAUGACACCUGCAGACACCUUUAAAGAUGAGAGCACAGGUGACUGCACACAAGAGCUCUCAGUGAAGCUGUGAAAACCUCCAUUGUGGAAAAAAUGACCGACGUUCAGCGCCUGUCACAUCAGUUUUUACUGUGGUUUUAAUAAAGAUUCUGCACCAAAACUUUGCUCUUUUUGAUCUAUCAUCUGCAUGCAUGUAGGACCUUUAUUUUCUUUUAUAUAUUUGUUUUGGUCUGGGAAAAUUGAUGGUGUUUGAGAUGAAAGAGCAUUUUUGUGCAGCUGUUUUGAACCCA